AUGGACGAAAUCAUCUCGUAUGCAUCUUACUCGGCCCUAGUCGCCCUCCGUGCGACAUGCAAGGCCUACGAAAACAGAAUCACCCCGAUGAUCGGCGAACAUGUCAAGGUGGAGACCGGAGUCGUCACGGCGGUCGACGGCCGGUUCCCCAGCUGGGAACACCCAAACAAGAUCCCGUACGCCGUCAAGGAGGCGUGCGCUCAAUACCGUCGCGACUACGCUGCGGGACUCAGCAGACGUCCCAUCGACCCGGACCUCGCGCUCAGGAUCCGGAUGUGGGACCUGGACAGGAUGCACAAGUACAUCCAGCACUCCAAGGUGGUCGACAUUUGCGGUCCUGUCAAGCUGGAUUUCCUCCGUGGGCUACUGAUGCGCACCCAGUCCCCUACGUUGCGUAUCAAGAAGAGCAAGUUUGGCCAGCGCUUCUCCACCCACCGGAUGUGGGAUCUGCUCCAGCACGUCAACGUCGACCGCAUUGUCUCGUUUGAAUCGCUCGGAAAUGACAACAGUGGCGGAACGUGGUUCCGCGCCGCUCGUGUAGUUCUCAACUACUCCUUUGUGGCUGAAAGGGGCAUUCGGCGACCGCACGACGUCGCGCUCUGCAUCGAGACCCUCCGCGAGCUCGUCAUCGUCUUCCGCCCCGCCACCAAGUCCAGGGCCGGGUUUGCAUCCGUCCACCUGUACACCUUGCUCAACAUUCUCCAACGGGUCGCGGAACACCUCGUCGACACUCUCCUCGUGUACGGCAAACCUGUCAAGGUGACCAUUGUCGGGUUUGAUAGCCUCCCUCCGCGGGCCAUUCUGUGUCCUGACAUUCCGAGCUCGAGGGAGUGGGGCGGGGACGACGCCGUCUGGACGACCGACAAGGGGAGGAAGGAGAUGGAGAGGGUGGCGAGAAACGAAAUGGCCGGGUUUGCGCACCGCGCAAUCAUCGAGGAGGAGGGCAAGAAGGCUUUUGAGCCCAACCUGAACGAGGUGGUCAUCAAGUUGGCCAGUGGCGUAGAGUUCCUCACCUUGGACGAGUUCCGCCAGACCAUGUCGCCCGAGCAGUUCAAGAUUGAAACCGACGAGGGCCACAUUUAUGAUUACGACGGCUGA